ACAAGCAGCCAGCCAUCGUUAGGCAUAAGGCAGCAGGAACAUGGCGGCGGCUGUUAACUAUAAUGCUGUUUCACCAACCCGAAGGUCAGAACUGCACGUAAUGUACUGGAUUUAAGAGGACAGAAAACACCAUUGAGAGACGUGAAGAAUGCCCAAAGAUUUCCACUGCUCCCAUUGCUGCAGAAAUGCCCUGAGGCCGAGUCUGGACUGAAGCCAAGGUGAAAUGCAUUGAGGAUGAGUGCUGUCGGGGAAAACUCAUCUGACCCUGCCAGGUCAGAGGCUCAGAAGCGCAAGGAAUGUCCCUCAGACCUCCUGGGCCCAAGUCCCAAACGAAGCACUGAGAAACGUAAUCGGGAGCAUGAAAAUAAAUACAUAGAGGAGCUUGCCGAGCUGAUCUUCGCAAACUUUAAUGACAUUGACAACUUUAAUGUCAAGCCUGACAAAUGUGCAAUCCUGAAGGAAACUGUUAAACAGAUUCGUCAAAUUAAAGAACAAGAAAAAGCUGCUGCAGCCAAUGAGGAUGAAGUACAGAAGGCUGAUGUGUCGUCGACAGGCCAAAGUGUUAUUGACAAAGACGCCCUUGGACCAAUGAUGCUGGAGGCCUUAGAUGGGUUCUUCUUUGUGGUGAACAUGGAGGGGAACAUCGUGUUUGUGUCAGAGAAUGUGACACAGUACCUGCGGUAUAAUCAGGAAGAGCUGAUGAACACCAGCGUGUACAGCGUCCUGCAUGUGGGAGACCAUAACGAAUUUGUCAAAAACCUCCUGCCCAAGUCACACGUGAACGGGGUGCAGUGGUCCAGUGAGAAUCCUCGGCGGAACAGCCACACCUUCAACUGCCGCAUGCUCGUGAAUCCUCACAGCGAGACCGAAGAGAUGCAGGAUCAUGAGGCACAGCAGAAAUAUGAGACCAUGCAGUGUUUUGCUGUGUCUGAACCAAAGUCCAUCAAGGAGGAGGGAGAGGAUUUCCAGUCAUGUCUGAUCUGCGUAGCGCGGCGAGUACCCAUGAAAGAGAGACCCAUGCUCCCCACGCACGAGAGCUUCACCACCCGCCAAGACCUCCAAGGUAAGAUCACCUCGCUGGACACCAGUCUUUUACGAGCGUCUAUGAAGCCAGGCUGGGAAGAUUUGGUGAGGAGAUGCAUUCAGCGCUUUCACCUGCAGAAUGACGGAGACAUGUCAUUUGCCAAGAGACAUCAGCAAGAAGUGUUAAGGCAUGGACAGGCCUUCAGUCCCAUCUACCGGUUUUCCUUGUCCGACGGGACUAUCGUCUCUGCUCACACCAAGAGCAAGCUGGUUCGCUCACCUGCCACCAAUGAGCCGCAGCUCUACAUGUCUCUGCACAUCUUACAGAGGGAGCAGCCUGUCUGUGGCAUGAACCCAGAUCUUGGAGCUGCUCAGGCUAUGGGCAAACCCAUGAACCCCAUGAGCUCACCCAACACAGCUGGUUCCUCUGGGGGCCCCCAGGGGCAGGACGCCACUGUCAGUAGCAACACCUCCAUCUUCCCCUCCCCUGGUGGCCAGAAAGAGCCUGGUGCUAUCGGCCCUGUGCAGGGUCACCGUUUUGGUUGCCCAGGGACUAUGAGCUACACUGCAGCCAUGCAGGCUGCCACCCCUCAGGGCAGUGGCUAUCCACUGAAGCUGAGUAGCCCAUCUCAGGGCAGUCCGGGCAUGCUGUCUCCACGCCACCGCGCCAGUCCUGGACUGGCAGGCUCACCCCGCUUGCCUCCGCCCCAAUUCUCUCCAGUGGGCAAUCUGCAUUCACCUGUAAGCAUGUGUAAUAGCAGUACGGGUGGCAACGGUGGGGCAGGUGGUAACCAUGGUUACACAAGCAGUUCCCUUAAUGCCCUACAGGCGCUGAGCGAGUGCCACGGCGUGAGCCUCGGCCAAUCACUGGGCUCACCCGAUAUGAAGUUGGGGUCACCAACUGGAUUGGGCGUCAAUCCUCACCUAUUGAAAAAAAUGGGAGCCUCUGAAUCAUUUGGAGAGCAGGGCCAAUCUGAGCCAGGUGUUGCAGGACAGGACGACGACAUUGAACUGCCAAAAGAUGAAAAGGGCAGCCUCGGCCAGUUUAACAACCUUGACGGUAGUGACCCGCAAAACCGUCUACGUGACAACAAAGGCCAUACUAAACUCCUACAGCUCCUCACCACUAAAACUGAGCCGAUCGAGUCCACCUCACCCCCUCCAGGGGCCGGCGGAGAUCCUGGCUGUAAGGACCCUGGAAAUGGUGGCAUGGGCACACAAGCUGGAGCAGGAGCGGGGUCACAUGCUACCUCCUUAAAGGAGAAGCACAAGAUUCUUCAUAGACUUCUUCAGAACAGCUCGUCGCCCGUCGAUCUGGCCAAACUCACAGCCGAGGCCACGGGGAAGGAACUUUGUCAGGAUUCUGCGGGUAGAGGGACAAAUGUGGCAGAUUUGGCCAUUAAACAGGAGCCCAUCAGCCCUAAGAAGAAGGACAAUGCCUUGCUGCGCUACCUACUGGAUAAAGAUGAUAACGUACUCAGGGACAAAGGCAUCAAGAUGGAGCCUGGAGAGAUAAAGGUGGAGGGCGGAAAGAUGCCCGGAAUCAAAACUGAGAAAACUGAUGGCGGGUUCGACCGAGUGGAGCCGUCGAGUGAGCUUGACGAUAUCCUGGAUGAUCUACAGAACAGUCAGUCGGGUCUGUUCUCAGAGCCUCGGCCCGUUUCUCUGCCUGCUGCCGUCGACAAGCAGUCAAUCAUCAAUGACAUCCUGCAGAUGACCGGAGAGGGUGGAGCCACUGGCAUGGGCCCCCAGCAACAGAGAGCACUACAAGCUGCGUGCCAACAGAAUUUUGGUGGUCCGCGGCCAGGUCAGCCAGGAAGAGCUCCUCCGGUGAGAAGUGUGUCUUUGGAUAUGAACAUGCCAGGUAAAGGUGCUCAGGGUCAGUACACUCUGAUGAGGAACAACAGCCCCUACACACUCAUGCAGCAGCAAGGCAUCAUGGGAAACCACAAUAUCAUGCCAAAUCAACCCAACAUGGUCAAUGCAGGAGUCAUGGAGAAUAAUGGUCCUCGUGUAGGUAUGCAGCAGGACAGUUGGAGUGCGCAGGGUCCUGUGCCCAUUAGUGGUGCAGCCUCGCCCGCCACAGCUGCUCCCACUGGCCAGCACUCUCUCCAGCAGGGGGCGCUACAUGCUCGCUUGGUGCCCAACUCUGGCACAGGCAUACCCAUGAGACCCAACAGCCAACCUGGACCUAGACAGAUGCUUCAGUCCCAGAUGAUGCCAAAUGCCCAGUCAAACAUGGGCAUGGCUGGCCACCAGUUUCCCCAGCAACAGGCACCACCCAAUCAGACAGCUCCAUGGCCAGACAGUGUACUGCCUAUAGAGCCGGUGCCAUUUGGGAACCAGAGCAGUUCCAUGUACAGCAGUCCUCAGGAGGAUGUUCUGUGUCCUGCAGCCACUGAGGGUCCGGCCGAUGAGGGGGCUCUCCUCAGCCAGCUCUACACUGUACUAAAAGAUUUCGACGGCUUGGAGGAGAUUGACCGUGCACUGGGCAUCCCUGCACUUGUACAGGCCCAGCCGGUGGAGCAGGAUCAGUACCCUGGUCAGGACCCCGGCAUGAUGAUGGAUCAGAAGCCCCCCAUGUACAGCCAACAGCAGUAUGCCGCCUCUCAGGCUCACAUGCAGCAGGGUGGAUACUCACCCAUGCAAGACCCUAACUUCCAUGGCAUGACAGGACAGAUUGGGCAGAGGCUGGGGCAUCCCAUGCUCCGCAUGCAGGCCAGACCAGGACUCAGGCCCACCGGUGUCGUACCCAACCAACCCAAUACACUCAGACUGCAGCUUCAGCACAGGCUACAAGCACAGCAGAAUCGGCAGCCAAUGAUGAACCAGAUAACUGGAGUGUCAAGCAUGAACCUACCUCUUAGACCUAACGUUCCGAAUCAGGGGACAAUCAAUGCUCAGAUGCUGGCCCAGCGGCAGAGAGAGCUGCUGAGUAAUCACUUACGCCAACGUCAGUUGGACCAACAGAGAGACCAACAGCAGCAGCAGCAGCAGCAGCGCAGCAUGGUCAUGCGAGCCCAGGUCCUCAACAUGCCGCCCAACAUGGCCACAGCCGCUGCAGGCAUGAACAACCCUCGGAUUCCCCAGGCCAACCCCCAGCAGUUCCCCUAUCCGCCCAACUACGGUAUGAGUCAGCAGUCGGAUGGUGGGUUCGGUGGUGCCGCCACACCUCAGAGCCCCCUGAUGUCUCCUAGGAUGGGCCACGCCCAGAGUCCCAUGAUGCAACAGGCGCAGGGCAACACUUCUUUCCAGUCCUCCCCUGAUAUGAACGGCUGGACACAGGGCAACAUGAAUGCCAACAGUAUGUUCACUCAGCAGUCAUCAACUCAGUUUGGCCAGCAGGCCAACAACAACAUGUACAACGGUAACGGCAUGAACCUCAAUGUGUCCAUGGCCACCAACUCGAGCAACAUGGCCCAAAUGGGCAAUCAGAUAAACAUGAGCUCUAUGAACUCUGGACCUGCGGGGGGAAUGUCCAACAUGGGUCCUGAACAGCAGAAGUAUUGUUGACCCGGGGCAGUUGAUGUCCCAAUGCAGUAAACCAAGUGUGUGAAGACUUUUCAUGAGUGAUUUCCAGCUGCAGCGUGGUCAAAAAGAGUUUGUGGAGUGAUGCUGUGCUAUUUACGCUGCUAUCAGGGGCCGGACGGGUCUUUAGAGGUCCUGCCCCCAACUGGACAUCUAUAGAGGAUGCAUCAGGGGUACUGGAGCUCAGAGGGGAUAGACUCUCUCUCACAAACACACUCACACACUGACAUGGAUCUUCUGGACCUAGAGCUACCCCCUCUCCCCCACCCUCCUCAGUCAAGCACGGCCUUCUCUCUCAUACACACACUGCAAGCCCUUUCUGUCAGUCUGAUUUAGGUCUCCCCUGAAUAAGACUCAGUGGCAUCGGAAUCCUCCCAUGAAUGUAUUCCUCCCUCUUUCUCUCUCUCGAUUUCUUCUGGACUUCAGGCUGUUCAUAACAGACAUACUUUAACCCAUCCAUCUUCGGUCUAACUCCUUUCCUGACGUUCCAAAGUUGGCAAGGAGAAUGCAUUUAAAAUCCGUGUUCAAAAAUUCAGCCAUUUUGCCUUUUUUAUUUUAUUCUCUUUUGUUUCAGAGUACAAAUAAAGAUAGAAUGAUGUUGAAAUGUCUUCUACAUAGAUUAUGAGAGUUCAGAUGACGGUUUGUAUAAUUAGACUUAAUUUAGAGGUUUAUUGUGUAGUAAAUUAAGUUUUAUUCUAAUGUAUAGUUUCUUUUUUAACAGUGUAGAUUUCUUUAAAAAGCAUCAAUGAGAGUGGUGAAAAAUCACUCACAAGAAAUUGUUCAACAUACCUAUGGAUUUUAUUUUACUUGGUCCAGUAGUUUCAGAGAAAAUGAUUUUUAAACGUGUUGUUAGAAAAUGAAAUGCUGGUAGAUUGUAAUUUGUAAUUGUUUCGUAUGAUAUUUAUUUUUUGAUUUUCAAUAUGUUUUCCCCCUCCUCCUCCUCCUCCCCCAAACUGUUUCAGGAACAAGAGUGGCGUUUCUCAAGCGUGUGUAUUCAUUUGAUGUGAAAACGAGGAAGGCAGGGAGCGUGUGCUGUUUCUAAUGGUACUGAAGAGGGGGAGCUGGGGUGCAGUGGUCCUUCUUUUCCUGGGUGGGCUUUGGGAGGGUGCUGUGUGUACAGUGUACAGAUACUCGCUUGCUUCUAAGCCUUUAGCCGGGAGCCCCGCAGGAGGAACCCAACACAGCCAUAAACUCAACACUGAAGCGUGCUUUCUUUGUUGUGUGGAGUCACAUGCUUUGUGCCAGAUGCUAGAUACAACCAGAAUCCGGUGUGUGUAAGAAAAGACAACAAGCAAUAAAUAUCACUUGAGAUUUUUUCCCCCCUUUGUUUUGUUUUGUAAUUUUUGUACAGGAUAUUUCAGGAGACACAUUUUUCCCUCAACUCGGUUCAAACUCAGUAUUAAAGACGGAUACUUUUUUAUUGUGGUUUAUAUUUUGAGAAAUUUCAAAUUGAAAAAAAGAUGUCCAAAUCUACAUGCUCCUCAGUGACAAGCAGGUUGUAGUUGUGGUGUAGCCAAAAAAAAAAGCAGCAUUGAUGUUUUACGUGGCUAUUUUGACAUUCACACACAGCGUACCUCUGGGCCUCAAACGGAUUCGGCAACCUUGGGCUCAACAGUCAGACUGUUUACUUGGACCCUCAAUUCACAUAUUUCUGGAUUGCAUCACUACAUACAUGUAAACUGUACGAAAACAGUUAUUCAUGCAUUUAUUUGAGAACAAAGCCAAAUUUCCUUGCCUUUUAACUGAUUGAUAGACUUACACAGACCACUUUCAUUUUGUUCUUGUACCAUGUCUGCACACAGGUUGUAUCGGGGUUAGAUUGUCAGCCUUUCGCUUUCGCUGAAAAUAUCGCCAUGUCAUCUAUGUUUUUAAGCUGGUUUAAGUAUAUAAUGUAUGUACCAGCAGAAAAUUAAGUUUGCAAUGACUCAGCUCAUCAUUAUACGCUGAAGGUGCCGUGGUUGUGUACGUUGGUGUAGCUUUAGCUUUCCCUUUUAAACACUGUAAAUACAAGUUUGAUUUCGCAUCGUUUGGGGUGAAAUGUUCACUCUGCCCACCACUCAAAAGCUCCUGAAAGUUUCAGAAACACACUUGCCGUUUUAACGGAAGGAUCUGCCUUCUCAUGUGGAGUAAAAAAAAAAACUUGAUUUAAUGAUUCGUCAUCUGUUGGACAAAAGAAAUUCUAUUUGGCACUCAUUUCACAAGCUUCUUUAAUCACAAUUUUGAUGAAUGUUGGAUGCCUUGGACAAGGACUAACAUCCAGAAACCAUAUUGGAGAAUAGCCAGUCACACGUGUACCACUACCCUCUGCAAAGUCCAAAGAUUGUCAAGAUUUUGAACUUAAAUAUAAGCCAUGAUGUAAAGGUGGUGCAGAGUUUUUUUAGUGCAAAAGAGCCAUUUGUCCUAAAAAAAAAUAAAAAAUUUAAAAAUAAAAAGAUGUAACUUGAAUUGUAACAGCUAUGAUUGAAUUUCCUAAAAUGAUUUGUCUUUUUGAUUUUUUUUUUUUUUUCUGGGACUUUCAAUGUCUUUUUGUAUAGUCUGCCAAUUUCUUAGAGCUAAAUGCAAGAACCUUGAAAUGCUAUAACUUAGCAUAUUGCCUUAGAUCUGUUCUACUGUCUUGUAUAUUACAAAGGUUGUCUGUAUUAUAUUUGUAUAGUGAAUCAUUGCCAGGAUCCACCUAAUUCAUUACUGCUUAUCCAUGUCUUUUGCUGGAUACCUACAUAACUGUCUCUCUCUAUUCCCCCUCUCUCCUCCUUGUUUCAAUAUUGCUCAUUUUCCAUGUUUUGUUUGUGAUCAGUUGUGGGUUUUAUUAUUUGUACAGUCCUGAUUUUACCCUCUCAGUUAUGUGUGAGAAUGAAGAUGAUGCAAUGGGAAAUCGAAGCAAUAUGUAAUUUAUAAGGACUUUUGGAGGAAGCUUACAGUGUUGCGUGCUCCUGAGGUGUAUUUUUCUUCAGUUGUGGUCACAUGAAACAUCCCUGUUCAUCCGCAUCGAUGUGUGUAAUCUUAGUGUGAGCCUUUUAUGCAAAGUUAGAUAUACCGAGAGAAAUUUAAAUACAGUUAUGCAAGUUAUCAACUAAUAUGGCUUUGCUGAUGCUAUUUGAUGUUGAAUCAAACUGAAUUGUAAAUAAAGAAUUCUGUUAUU